AUGCUCAAACAAAGACCAUCAGGCCCAGUCCGUUUCAAACGCCAGCGUCCCUCGAGCAAGAGGACAACAGUGGAGACAGAUGUUUCUUCCGAAAACAACGAGCAGAACUACAGUGAUGACUCUGGUGAUUGGUUUGAUGACGAAGACGAGAUUCAACCAUCCGAUAGUGCUUCAGCUUCUGCAGCCCCAGAGAAUCCGUCGACAUCGUCAACUGCUCGUGACACAGAUCUGCCAAAGCAUCACAAUACGAAGGAUAUGUCUCAAGGUUGGAGUAACGCUGGCCUAGGUGGUCACCCCUUAGUUCAGCAUCAGUAUACAUACCAAGGUGCGGGUCAAGCACCAGCUCAACCACAACAUCCAAGUUAUCAGCCAACAGAAGGAUAUAGGCCAGGCGGAAUGUAUAGUCCUAGAUCAUAUCCCUCUUACAACGUACAGUAUCCUAUGGCUCCGAACAUGCAGGGUGUUGGAGUGUCUGGCAAUAACAUGCAGCCAAGUGCCUAUCCAUACCAACCAGCCAACACCACUAAUUACUUUCAACGCCAACAACCUGCUCCUCCAAUUCCGACGGGCUAUCCUCCAAUAUCGAUGGACUACCCUCCUAUUCCUCCGCCGCCUACAGAAAAGCCUAGAGAUGAUCCCGAGAAGAUUCGCCUAGAAGCUGAACUAGCCGCCUUCAAGGCCAUGGAAGAGAAAGCCAAAACUGCUGAGAAGCAAAAGGAAACUGAGGCUCAGAUCCGAAAGGAAGCCGAGGAAGCCUUCUACCAAAGAAUGGAGGACAUGAGGCUCGCCCAAGAGGACGCCAAGAAGGAAAUCGACAGAGCUAGACUUGAGGCGGAGAAGGCCGCAAAGGAGAGGAUGGAGAUGGAAAGACAGGCACAGGAAAAGCGGGCAGAAGAACAUGUCCGAGCCAUGGCUGAGGCUGAGAGAGCUGCCAUUGAGAGACUGCGGGCUGAACGUGAAGCAGAAGAGGAGAGAUCAAAGAAAUUCAAUGAAUUUGCAGUGAAUCUUGAGAAGGAAGUAAGACUGAAAGUCGAGAUGGAGAAGAGAGCUGAACUUGCCGAACGAGAUGCAAAGGCAAAGCAAAGUGAAGACCUUGAAAGGCUCGCGAAAUUGAAGAUGAUCCAAAGCAUGGAUGAGAUCGUGAGUUUAACCAAGAAGCGAGUCCUUCAUGAUUUGGUCACAGAUGGAGAAUCCAUUGGAUCAAAAGACAGACAAGGCUGGCUGAUAGAGACUCGGAACGAAGCAGAUGCUGAGAGAAGCGUGUUGCGGACAGAGAAAGGCCAGCUCUCUGUACCUCGAUCAAGUACACAGCCCCGACACGCCACUGUCUCAACUGUACGCUCUGCCUCCAGCGCUUCAGUCAAGCUCCCAGGUGUUUCACCGACUCCUUCAUGGAAGGGCAAACAUCCUGAAGUCCCUGAUCCAUGGGCCUCCGGUUCUGAAAGUGAUGAUGAGGUGACUCCAAGCAGAGCUGGGACAAAGGCUCAGCAUUCUUCUGAGCCUGCACGAGAUUCUCGACGGAACAUGUUUGAAAGACAACAGCAGCAACGAGCCGAUACCUCGCGUAUUGAGGAUUUGGUUGACCAGAUAGCUGAUGCUGUCAUGGACAGACUGAUGCACUCUCCAUACAACGAGAUUUUGAUGCAUCGCUCCCCACGGGGUCAAUACUAUCGUCGACAUGUCCGGCCUCGACCAGACCCGUUCACCACAGCUCCUAAUCCGUUUCCGAGUGCGAGGCAGUUUGGCCAUGAAGAGGCUUUAGAAGAGGCCUCGGACUACCCCCAAGGGCCACCCCCAUGCGGACCAUCUCGGCGAUUUUACAAGCCUCCCAAGCCAGCACGCUUGCGGGGCCGAAGCAUUAGGGGCACAAAUCCAACGCCAUCUCUGGACCUGCCCCCACACGGUACACCGUCGCCGCAAGAUGUUCCUAUACCCACUGGCAAGAGAAGAUCGUCACCACCAGGCAGUCCACAGCCAGGUCCUCCGCCACCUCUAGAAGAGUGGCUCAACAGCAGUGCGCAAUUUGGAUCGCAGACGAGCUAUUCUGAAGUUGACACCGUAACUCAAGAAACUUCUACAGUCCAUGGGGUAACGCCUGAUAGUAGUGAUACAACGUGGAAACAUCCUGAGCCAUGGAUCGAAGAGGCUCCUGAGACACUUGGUGAAAGGCGUAGAUUUGGCGAAGUGGAUAAGAACAACCUUGGUACGUACUUAGGGGACGAUAUUCAGAAAGCGUAUAAGUAUGUGUUUCAGGACUCUGAAUCACUGCCAGCAAGGCUCCCUGUUAGUGUUGGAUACUAG